ACCUGAAGGUCCGAGGUUCGAAUCCCAGCCGUGCACAUGCAAAAUCAAAAAGUAGCGAGCUGGUAAAAUUGCACUAAUAAGUAGCAGAACCAAAAAAAAGUGCCGUAUACGAAGCAGUGUAUGCCACUGGGAUAAAUUGUGUAAGACCCGUCCGUAGAGGCAAGUCAUUCUACCGCUUUCGUCGUUUUUGACUUGGCAACGCUGGAGUCAAUGUUGUUGUCAUAUUCUGACAAGUCCAUAUUUUAUCGGAAGUUAAUGUGAUAUGAAUACAUGACCCCUGACCUCACGGGUACAUUAAAAGUAAAUAGCUGGACAUGAUCAAAUUUUCUGACUUGUCGAACGAUUCGAUGUUUGUGAAGUGCGGAUUCUUGUCUCGAGUAUUUUUAAUUUAUACAGAGUUAAAAAUGUACAAGCUAACAUUGAGUGUUAAAUAAAUUGCAAACUGGCCUUAGAAUUGAUAAAAGUUUCGCUGGCAAUAAUGCGUCGUUAAAUGGUGUUCAUUUCGCACGGGAUUUGCGUUGUGAAAUAAAUAUCAAGGGUUUUGGCGAAACACCAAAAUGCCUGCAGCAAAGCAACGGAAAAUAGCUGUUAUGGGAUAUAGGUCAGUGGGAAAAUCCUCUUUGAGCAUUCAGUUCAUUGAAGGACAGUUUGUGGACUCUUACGACCCAACCAUCGAGAACACCUUCACAAAGACCGUCAGGGUGAACUCUCAGGAUUAUGAAAUUCGUCUAAUGGACACUGCUGGUCUAGAUGAAUAUUCUAUGUUUCCUUCACAAUACGUUAUUGAUAUACAUGGCUAUGUGUUAGUGUACAGUAUCACUAGUGUAAAAUCGUUUGAUGUAGUUAAAUCAAUAUAUAAUAAACUAUUAGACAUCACAGGAAAGGUCCAGGUUCCUGUUGUCCUAGUGGGGAACAAAACAGAUCUUCAUUUAGAGAGACAAGUGUCCACAAGUGAUGGUAAGAAGUUAGCUAAAGACUGGAAUGCCAUUUUUCUUGAGACAUCCGCAAAAGAAAACUUAUCUGUAUCGGAUGUAUUUCAUUUGUUACUGUCCGAGAUUGAAAAGGCAAAUGGAAAUUCAGGCGACAAGCCAAACUGUUCAAUAUCUUAAUGUUUAAAUAUUAAAUCUAAAGAAUCGCUUUUUUUCCAUUGUAAUAUUUAUUUUAAGAAUGUACGUUAACUAUUCGUUCCUUCAACAAGGAAUAUGAUCUAAUUAUAAUUAUUUAAUGUAUAAUAAAAAAAAGUAAAAUAGUAGUUAUGUAGGUUUUUUAUUCCUCUAUAUACUGGGAUAAGGAAAUGUGUCUAAAACGAAUGGUUAAACUAAAAUAGCAUAUAACCGCAAUUUUUCAUAGAUGACAUAAGAAAUACGGGGUGUAGCUAGUUUUUAGUAUGCUUUCGUUUAUUAAAAGAAUUUUCUGUUUA